AUGCCUCGCGUCGUGAAUCCAUCAAAGAGCCAUCGUCGCUCAAAUGGCGGUGCCACAACCCCGCACAAGAACUCUCCCACCAAGAUCCCCCUCAAUGAUGACAUGGGAGAGAAGGCUGCUCGAAUGCAGUCGCGACAAGCUCUGUAUGACCGCCAGAUGAACCAGAUCAAAGCCGCUGUCAAAACGCCCAUGCCCCCGCGUAGGACAUACGACCGUGCUGAUAGUCAAAGUCCUUCAACUCCGCGCGGGUCUCUUCGCCGAGGCCGCGAAAGCGACGUGGAUGGUCGCGGUAGAGGUACAACCCCGGGAAAACGAGUACCUAUUCUCGCGAACUUUGAAGAGUGGAUGAAGAUGGCGACCGACAACAAAAUUAACGCUGCUAAUUCGUGGAAUUUCGCUCUGAUCGAUUAUUUCCAUGAUAUGUCUUUACUCCGCGAAGGAGACGGUGUCAACUUUCAAAAAGCCAGUUGUACUCUCGACGGUUGCGUCAAGAUUUAUACCAGCAGGGUUGACAGUGUCGCAACUGAAACAGGGAAGCUCUUAAGUGGUUUGGCCGACAGCCGAGAUCGCAAAGCUCAAGAAGGUGAAGGGGCCGAAGGUGAGGAGGAUGAAGAAGAGGAGGAGGGUGAAGAUGGUGUACGAAGAAAGGCGAAAAAGAAGACUCGUUCUCACGAAGCUACUCUAGCUCCAUCCUUCGCUUCCUUACAACUGAAAAAGCUUGAGCUCGAGUUUGCAGUGGACCCACUGUUCAAGAAAGCAUCGGCAGACUUUGAUGAAGGUGGUGCCAAGGGCUUGUUACUAAAUCAUUUGUCGAUUGAUGGUCAAGGAAGGAUCAUCUUCGACAGCAGUGAUGACGUAGACGAGACAACCACUGCAGCAGAUAAUGCACAGGAUGAUGAAGUAGAUACAGAAGAGGCACGGUCCAAAGAACCUGAAGGUGACCCCAUGGAUGUCGAUCCCGUGGAAAUCGAUAUAGCCUCCCUCGGCAACCGAUUCUUUCCCGACUUGGAUCGUCUCUCCGAACAAGACAUCUGUCCUUCUCUGAAGAAUCUCGAUCUAGGGGACCCUAGUGGCUCCCUUGAUAUCUCACUACUAAAAGCGCCUGAUGAAUGGAGGCAAGACAAGACGAACGAUGAGUCUGACCAGGCAAGGCGUUUAGGUGACGCUUCUGGCAUCAUGCUUGAUGACGAUAACGCUGUGGGAUUUGACGAUGAUGAUGGGACCUUCGCUGGAUUCGACAUUGGUGAAGAUGCUGGCUUUGGAGAAGGUGGAGAAGCUUGGGCACGUGAAGCAGCACUAGAGCCUUUGCUCAAAGUCCAUCGCAUGGAUAUCGGUGGAGAAGACGAUGCGGACGCGACACUAAAUGAAGGAGAUCCUUAUUCUUUGUCGAUAUCUCAUCAACCAGCCAACAAAGAGCACGAGAACAUCUUGAGCUACUUCGAUAACGCUUUACAAAAGAAUUGGGCUGGUCCCGAGCAUUGGCGUAUCCGCAAAAUCAAGGAGACCAAUGCGGCCAAUUCAACAAACGCAGCGCCUAAGCAGCGUAAAGAAAAGGAGCCAUUUGUGAUUGACUUUUCUAGUCCCCUUGAUACUACGGCAGCAGAAUUAAUCUACACUCAAGCAAGUUCAAAUUCUGCCAUCUCAAUACCAAAAACACAGUGGAAAACAAAAGGACGCAAUCUACUCCCGGAUGACAAGCAUUUCAACUCGCAGCAAUUGCUGCGGCUGUUCCUCAAGCCUAAGGCUCGCAUGGGAUCUAAGAGAUUCUUCGGAGUUCGCAAGACCGGCGAAUCAUCACAGAUGCAGGUUCCAGCAGCAGGCGAAAUGGAUGAAGCUUUCUGGGCAAACCACAAGCCUGAGAAUGACACACAAGCAGAGGAUGAUAAGGUUGCGGGCACAUAUGAUGCCAAUUUCUUUGCCGACGAUGAUGGACUUGCAUUCCCCAAUGGACUGCCAUUGGGAGAUGAUGACGACGACAAUAUGCCAUUCGCGGACGCUCGCGAGAUGUUCUCUCCCCAGGGUGACCUAGAUGCUCGGCCAACCACCUCAGCUGGCGAUGGGUCGGGAGCUACUGGUUUGACUGCUCUUCUCAAUAUGGUCGGGGCCACACCUGGUUCAGCUCUCCACGGUGGAGGAUUUGGUUCGCAACUCGUAACGCAAGGUGGCCGCCGUGUCCGGCCUGACUAUGUCGCUUAUGCUCGUGUGGCUAAGAAGGUGGACGUCCGACGUCUGAAAGAGGAGAUGUGGAAGGGUAUGGGUGAUAGGUUGGUUGAGUCCAUGGACUUCAACUCAGCUUCCGAUGCAGCAGCAGUCAUAGAUACCCCUGACGAGCCCGAACUCACGGAGGAUGACGGACCACCUACGCCUACUCCAAAGAAUCGGCAGUCGGACGUGGAUCAUCCAAUGCCUGAUGUCACGUCUGCAACGGAGAAAAAUAGUCAGUUGCGAUUCACAACCGUCAUGAAUUCUCUGAAGGGGUCAUAUCCACAAGAAACACUUCGAGAUAUCAGCACUUCUUUUGGGUUUAUUUGCCUCUUGCAUCUGGCGAACGAAAAGGGCCUCGUUCUACAGAAUGGCGAUCUUCUUGGUGAAGGGGUUGGAAGUUUAGAAGAGAUCUACAUCUCCAGGGAUGUUGGGGCCGUGAUAGAAGAAGGCGCAAUGUAA